UCCAUCCGCACUCGGGACAUAGACGGUAAGGUAAGGUAAUAGUCAAUGCAGCAGCAGCACAGCACCACUGCACGUCGUUCAUUCGAAGGUUUCGCUUCCCGCGUGCUGGUGCUGGGUGAUGCAGCGUGCAUCCUCGAAUGCGAAUGGUGCCCGGUGCAUCGCAUCGAAGGCAUGAUCAUGGACGGCUUCUGGCUGGCUUCCUUGCUUCCUUGCACCUGCACUUGCACUUGCUUACCCAUCUCCAUCUUUCCCUCUCCCAGCUGCGGUGUCUGCCUGGGUCUGUUCUGUCGGUCUCCCACUCCUACAGUAGUCCCAUAUCCAUAUCCAUAUCCACACUCCGUAUCCAUCCACCUCGGUUCUCUCUCUCCAUGUACCGGGGCCCUGGCUCGCGCUCGUUCUCCUCCCGAGCCCCGACGACCAGACCCAGACCACAGACCAAAUUCACCAUUCCCGGCGCUCUGACUGGGCGCUCUCCUUUCUCCGCCUCGUCCCACCGUCAAGUUUUUAGCCCUCCUCCAGGACCUGCAUUUAGCCUGUUCGAUGCUGCUUCUGGUCUCGCGGUCCCAAUGGCUUGGGCUUGGGCUGCCUUUCGGCUUGUCCUUUACUAAGGCUAUCGACCCUUCUGAUAUCCAUUCGCUGCUGCUGCUGCUGUUGCUGCUACUGGGGGCGCAGGCCUUCUUUCCUUCUUCUUCGUCUUGUCUUCCUGCACCGCAAUUUAUAUUUCUCUCCCCGCCCCUCGUACAAUAUCCGGCCCAGCCAAGAGCAAACUACGCCAUUGUUCCUUCGAUGCUGGAACUGUAAUUCGAGAGGGUCG